AUGGCAAGGGAACCAUCUCAGACACCGCAGGGUAGUUCAUCGAAUUUUAGGCCACCGCCUUCUUCUUUAGGGACUCGAGGUGCUUUGCCUAGACCUCCACCUAUGUGCUACAAGUGUAACCAACCUGGACACGUUCGUGCUCAGUGUCCUCGCCUCGGGGAAACUUGUUAUAUCUGUGGUAAAGCGGAUCAUUUCGCAAGGAACUGUUCUCAGGGGUCGGGAGUGCGUAGCGAGUCGAGUUCCGUGCAGCAACAGGGAAUAGGGCAUAAUGCAGGCCAACAGUUCAGGGGCACUUUGAGGCAGCAGCAGCCUCACUUCCGCCAGACUACAUCAGCUCAGAGCUCCGGGAUCGAUAAGGGAGCGAGUUCUUCCGCGCCUACUCAGGGUUCUGGUCAGAGGGGAGGUUUUGUGCAGGGCCAAGGUACCCAGGGACGAGUUUUCAACAUCACUUCUGCUAUCCCAUCUAUUUCUUCUCAGGCUCCGGAGACCACUGUUGUGAGGGGGGGUAGAACGCCUCUUGAUCGUAUUUGUCAAGAUUGUGAGUUGAAUAUUCGUGAUCGUCGUUUCGUAUUCGACGUCAUUGUUUUGGGAAUGUCGGGAUUCGAUCUUAUUCUGGGAAUGGAUUGGGUCGGUUUAUUCAUUGUUGGCGAGUUUGACGUUAGAUGA